AAUCAAACGGCGAGUUCAAAGGCGGAUGGUAAUUAAAAAAAAUUCUGUGGCGUUCUCUAUUUAAAAUAUGUAAUAACCAUGUCAAAAUGGCGUCACUAUUAUCUAUAUAUUUGCUGAUUGUCUUCUAAGAAAUUAAAACCGUUCCGUCACCAUACAAAUCAAACAUUUGUAUGAAUGAACCAUUGUGUGGAUGAUGGAGGAAUGAAAUGAAUGAAUAAAUGAAUGCUUUGCCAUAACUGAAGCCAAUCUAAAACGCAUGCAAGCGACGUUGCCGAUCCGCUGUGCACAAUCGCGUACCAUACCCGUUCUAAACCCGUUUUAUAAGCGUAGCCAGUUUGUUAUUGUGACUUUAACGACCAGGACGUAUUUUAUGUUACAAUGGAGGACGAGAAGCUGAUCGAAGUUGUCCGUAAAUACGAAUUUAUAUAUAACUUAAAACAUCCGAAAUACAUGGAUAAUAUCAAAAAGGAAAUUGCGUGGAAGGAAAUAGGGGAUCAACUGAAACAAUCCGCUGCUGCGUGUAAACAAAGGUGGCAAUGCCUGAGAGACGCGUAUCGAAGAGCUUUGAACAAACGAAAAGGAAAAAGCGGACAAGCAGUCAAAAACAUAAAGCAGUGGAAAUAUGAGAAUGAAAUGGCAUUCGUAUCUCCCUUUAUUCUGGAGAGAAAAACUCAAGAUACCUUCGAUAUUACAAGCGACGACAAACUAUCUGAUAAUGUUGAUAAAGGUCUGACAUCCAACGAAGCAAUGGAUUCAAACCGCCUGUUGCUUAAACUUGAUGAAGUUGAUACUCCUUCUGUUAUAGAUGAUGCUAGCAUGACUGCAUCAAAAUAUGUUCCACAAGAUAUACUAUCAAAAUGUAUCAAGAAGCCAAGAGCAAUAAAGCGAAGAUCUCUCCGAGAACCAUCCGCUAUAUUAUUGGCGAAAUUGUUUCGAAGCAAGCUCAAUACUCGAAGGCAUGACCACCUGGAUAGCUUUUUCUUAAGCAUAUCUGAUACUGUUAAAAAGUUUUCCCCAUAUCUACAGGCGGUGGCGAAAAACAAAAUAUUUUCUUUGGUAUCUGAAAUAGAAUUACAGCAAUUAGCUCCCAAUUCCCCAUACGCCUGCCCAUCCCCAUCAGCGAGUAAUGGUGAAAUACCGAUCCCGGGUGGAGCCUUUAUUGAUCAGAAACCACGUAUUUUUCUAUGAAUGGAGUAAAUGUAUAAAUAAAUGUUUUUUU